AUGCACAUCUCUAAACGAUUCCACAGUGCGCCAUCUAGCGGAUCACCAAAGUCAUUCCUUCUCACUCCCACUCGCGCACGCCUUGCCGACGAACGGUUCAAUGACUCUGGCGGCCGUUUCUAUUUUCUCUCUGGUCCUGUCGUCGGCUCGGCCUACAAGGAAGGGGGUCUUUGUUUGCGUUUCACGUUCGCGUCGCACGGUAUCACCCACGGUCGCGCUCCAUCGUAUCGUCGAGACGGAAUGGUGGCGCCUUCUAGUGCGAGUGCAGUGAGGUGCAGUGGUGUGUGCGAAGGAACGUGGGUCCGGUGGGUCGGUACGGCGACGGCAAGCGAGGUGCGCGGUGGCCGUGCGGCCAUGACCGGCGACAUGCCUCUGGGGAGCGCGCACGCGUUCGGGCGCGCGUUGCUCCGGGACGGGGCGCUGCCGCCGCUGGAGCCCGGCCCGCCCGCGCCUCCGCCGGCCGCCGCCCAGCCGCCCGACAAGCGCCCGCCGGCGGCCGCCGCCAGUCCCGAGCAAGUCAUGAAGCUCUACAUGAACAAACUCACCCCUUACGAACACCGCGAGAUAUUCGACUACCCCCAAGUGUACUUUAUAGGCGCGAACGCCAAGAAGCGGCCCGGCCUCGUUGGCUUCCCGAACAAUUGCGAGUACGACAACGAGCAGGGCUCCUACAUCCACAUACCGCACGACCACAUAGCUUAUAGAUACGAAGUGCUCAAAGUUAUCGGCAAAGGUAGCUUCGGGCAGGUGGUUAAGGCAUACGACCACAAGAAGCGCGAGAACGUCGCGCUGAAGAUGGUGCGGAACGAGAAACGGUUCCAUAGACAAGCGCAGGAGGAGAUCCGCAUACUGGAGCACCUCCGCGAGCAGGAUAAGGACAACACGAUGAACGUGAUCCACAUGUUCGACUCGUUUACGUUCAGAAAUCACACGUGCAUCACGUUCGAGCUGCUCUCGAUCAACCUUUACGAGCUGAUCAAGAAGAACAAGUUCCAGGGGUUCUCGCUGCAGCUGGUGCGCAAGUUCUCGCACAGCCUGCUGCAGUGUCUGCAUGCUCUAAACAAAAACAGGAUCAUCCAUUGUGACAUGAAACCGGAAAAUGUGUUGCUGAAGCAACAAGGACGCUCCGGAAUCAAGGUAAACUUGCCGACAGCUAUCAGAACACUUAAUCCUACAAUUAAGGUACAAGGCGUAGACAAUAUAAUUUCUUAAUGGAACGUAAAGGAAUCAAUGUGAAUACAACCAAGCUAGGUGUAAGGUUAAUUAAUAUAAGAAAACACAGUUUGUCCAUGUACUUACUUUUUUCGAUGGGUUUGCAUUUGAAUGUGUGUUUUGAAUUCAGGAUACUGAUUUAGCUCUUAAGGUUUCUGUAGGAGCGGAUCCGAUGCAGUAUAAAUUUUGUUAGAAAGAAACAGAGAUCUGUGAUGGAGAUUGUAUUUCUAUGUAAAAUGUAAAUAUUGCUUUGUUUUUUAAACUUUCUCACUUACUGCUUCACUUCAACGAGAUUCUAAAAAAAGUAGGUUCCAUUCAGGUCUAGUGUGCUUUCGAUCUCUGCUUCCUUCGAAUUCGUAUAAAACUUCUUGCUGAAUAUUUAGAUCUUCCAGUAUAUCACACCAGUGCGCAUCAAAUAAGUUGAAACAUAUUAGCGACUCGAAAGCUUAAUACGUAGAUAGAUAUUGUAUUUGUAUUACGAAAGCGACCGACUGACGUCGUCCUACAUACAGGCUAAGACCGUGUAACUCAUAUCUCUAUUGCUUCGUACAGAUAACGAAUAGUGUUAGGUUUUGAUCAUAAAUUAGUUGCGAUUGUUGCGUACCAAGAAAUCGGGGCACUUUGUUAUUGGUCGUAAUUGUUAAAGAUUUUCUUUUUUUUAAAUAUUCUUCACACCUUUUUCCAAGGCACUCAAAGCCUCCUGCUAAGAACGAACUCGCAAAAAUCUUUAUCACGAAAAGUAGAAAAACCCUUAAAAUUUUAAAAUAAAUCUUAGGGUGACCUAAAAAUAAAAAGCUCCAUUUUUAAUACGACUGAAAUAUAACUUCAACAGACUAAACGCAAACCUAAGGAAUAAUAUAUUUCAAAAACUAAAAAGCCUCCUGAAAUAUCUUACCUUAUGGGGAAAACCGUUGGAAAACCUUUACGUAUGACGUUGGUAAAACAUUACCUGCUGAUUAAAAGCUUGUGCCAGAAGGGCUUUAAACAACGGUGAUAGUAGAAAAUAUUAGUCGGUAUAUGAUAUUUUACGGGGUUGCAGAGCAUUAGGGGUUCGUAAGAUAUAACAUCAAACAAUGUAGCAGUUUCUGUAGCAUAUCUCAACGUUGGGCAUUGGUACAUUACAUUCAGUAUUGCUGGAAUUUAAGUUUCUUCGGAAAUUCCAACGAUAGUUUGUUUGCCAAUACCAGCACUUGUUUGGUCAGUUCAAUAUACGGGAGGUUAGUCCAGGAUGUCCGAAAAUUAUAUAAUUUAUUAAAGUAAUAAUAUGCCAAG